UUUAUUCAGUUGCAUUAGUAGAAGAACUACAAGUGUGAAUUAAUAGUUUUGUUCGUGUUGAAAUACGUUAUGGAACAAAAUAAAUAUAUACCGUAUUCGCGUACCGGUGACAAGGAAGAAGAUGAGAUAUUGCUGGAACCGUUUAGUUACAUUCUCCAGGUCCCUGGAAAACAGAUCAGGGCCAAAUUAGCACACGCUUUCAAUUACUGGCUAAAAAUACCGCAAGAUAAACUCCGUGCAGUCGGGGAUAUUAUACAGCUACUUCAUACUUCCAGUCUUCUGUGAGUUUGCACAUUGUUUAUUUGUUCUGAUCCGAUGCAAUUUCAAAUAUAUUCCUCAAGCACAAUAACUGCUGCAAAUUAUGUUAUAUUUAUUGCUCUGGAAAGAGUACUUGCUUUAAACCAUUCAGAGGGAACACAAGUAUAUGUAGAACAGUUGUUAGAACUUCAUAGAGGUCAGGGUAUGGAAAUUUAUUGGAGAGAUAAUUAUAUCUGUCCAUCUGAAACUGCAUAUAAACAAAUGACAAUACGAAAAACAGGUGGACUUUUCAAUCUAGCUGUAAGAUUAAUGCAACUCUUUUCUGAUUGUAAAGAAGACUAUACACCCUUAGGUGGGAUCUUAGGGCUUUACUUUCAAAUUCGUGAUGAUUAUUGUAACUUAUAUCUUCAAGAGUAUGCUGAAAAUAAAAGUUACUGUGAAGAUCUUUCUGAAGGAAAGUUCAGUUUUCCUAUUAUACAUGCUAUACAAAGUCACCCAGAAGAUAGACAACUAAUAAAUAUUCUUAGGCAACGCACUAAGGAUAUUGAAGUGAAACGAUAUUGUGUGAAUUUAUUAGAAAAAUUUGGAUCCUUUGCUUAUACAAGAGCUGUGCUCGAAGAAUUAGAUAAGAAAGCAAGGGAUGAGGUUCAACGUUUAGGUGGAAAUCCUUUGUUAGUUGAAGUUUUAGAUGAAUUAAUGAGCUGGAAGCAUCAGGAUGUUCAGCCCCAGAGUAGGAAAGCUGUUGUUUAA